CAUUACCACUAUCCAAAACAAACCAAAUGUGAACACGCCCACCAUGUGUUAAAAUGCCUCUAUCCUUUGUCUUCCUUCCAUUUUCGUCAUCCUAACUAACAAGACUUCUCUUCUCCGCCACCGUUCUUGUGACAUGUCGGCGACCAACUCCUCUUCUCUUCUCCGUCACUUUCUCUCUCUACUCAUCUCUCUCCUUUUCCUCUCGACCACCAUCUAUUCAGACGACCGCCAAACACUCCUCAAAAUCAAAACCGCUCUCCAAAAUCCCAACACUAAUGUGUUUGAUUCCUGGGAAUCGAACAAUUCAAUAUUCAAUUUCGCGGGAAUCACCUCUAAUCCAGAUGGGUCCGUCACAGAAAUCGAACUUUCGAAUAAAAACCUCACUGGUGUCCCUCCUUUUGGCUCCAUUUGCGAGCUCAAAUCACUUGAAAAGCUCUCUCUCGGAUUUAAUUCACUCUAUGGACGAGUAACAGAGGAUUUGAACAACUGUGUUCGAUUGAAGUACUUAGACCUCGGCAACAAUUUGUUCUCCGAAGAGGUUCCCAGUAUAUCAUCGAUGAACAAAUUAAUGUUUCUGUAUAUGAAUCAGAGUGGAUUUUCCGGCACCUUCCCGUGGAAUUCUCUAGAAAACAUGACGGGUCUGGUCCAAUUGUCUCUCGGAGACAACCCAUUUGUUAGAACUCCGUUUCCGAUGGAGGUUGUGAAGCUGACCCAAUUGAAUUGGCUCUACCUUACAAAUUGUAGCAUAGAGGGUCGAAUUCCGCGGGAAAUUGGGAAUUUAACAGAGCUUAUUAAUCUCGAGCUAUCGCAGAAUUUUCUCUCCGGUGAAAUUCCGGUGGAGAUUUCCAAACUUGGUAAGCUAUGGCAGCUGGAGCUGUUCCAGAAUGAGUUGACCGGAACACUCCCUGUUGGGUUCAGAAACUUAACGGGUCUCCAAAAAUUUGACGCUUCAACGAAUUAUCUUACAGGUGAUCUCUCGGAGCUCAGGUUCUCGACUCAGUUGGUGACUCUGCAACUCUUCGAGAACGAGCUUACUGGCGAGGUUCCGGUGGAGUUUGGGGAGUUCCGGCAACUGGUGAACUUGUCGUUGUACACGAACCAUCUCACUGGUUCGCUGCCUCCGAUGCUCGGGUCGUGGGCGGACUUCGAUUUCAUUGACGCGUCCGAGAAUUUUCUGACCGGCAUGAUACCGCCCAAUAUGUGCAAGAAUGGGAAGAUGACGGAGCUUUUGUUGCUUCAGAAUGAACUUUCCGGCGAAAUUCCAGCGAGUUAUGCGAAUUGUACGUCGUUGACACGUUUUCGGGUGAGCAACAAUUCGCUUUCUGGCGUAGUUCCUAGUGGAAUUUGGGGACUACCCAAUGUCAAUAUAAUUGAUAUAGAAUUGAAUCAAUUCGAAGGUCCAAUUACGUCCAAUAUUGGGAGUGCAAAGUCUUUGGCGCAAUUAUUCACCGCCAACAAUCGAUUAUCCGGCACCUUACCGCCGGAGAUUUCGGAUGCUACCGCAUUAGUAUCGAUUGAUCUUAGUUACAAUCAAUUUUCGGGCGAUAUUCCGACAAAAAUUGGCAACCUUCAACAACUAAACAGUCUUCAUUUGCAGAACAACAAGUUUUCCGGCGUAAUUCCGGCGAGUUUAAGCUCUUGUGAUUCUCUCAGCGAUUUAAACAUGGCAGAGAAUUCACUUUCCGGCCAAAUUCCAACGUCAAUAGGGUCUUUCAAGACUCUAAACUCCUUAAACUUGUCCGGAAAUGAACUCUCCGGUCAAAUUCCGGUGAGUUUGUCAUCCCUGAGGCUGAGCCUUCUUGAUCUCUCGUACAACCAUUUAACCGGACCCAUACCGGAAUCUCUUAGGAUCGAAGCAUACAACGGCAGCUUCACCGGAAACAAUGGCCUCUGCAGCACUCAGAGCAUCAAGCACUUCCGGCAGUGUUCGUCAGAUUCCGGCCUGUCCAAAGACCUCCGGACCCUCAUAGUUUGCUUCUCAAUUGGGUCAUUUGUUUUGUUUGUCUCACUUGGGUGUUUCUUUUACUCAAAGAAGAGUCAAAAAGAUCAUGAACAUGAACAUUCUUUGAAGGAAGAUUCUUGGGAUGUUAAGUCAUUCCAUAUAUUGAGUUUCACAGAAUCUGAGAUUCUUGACUCAAUCAAGCAAGACAAUCUAAUAGGAAAAGGUGGAUCUGGAAAUGUAUAUAAAGUUGCUUUAGCAAAUGGGAAAGAAUUAGCUGUGAAACACAUAUGGAACAACUCCGAUUCCGCCAGCCGGAAAAGGUCCCGGAGUAGUUCUCCGAUGCUAGCAAAAAAGGCCGGAAAGUCACUGGAAUUUGAUGCCGAAGUAGAGACGUUGAGCUCAAUCCGGCAUGUGAAUGUGGUGAAACUGUAUUGCAGCAUUACUAGUGAGGACUCGAGCUUGUUGGUGUAUGAGUACUUGCCUAAUGGGAGUUUAUGGGAUCGACUGCAUACUUGCCAAAAGAUGGUGCUGGACUGGGAGACGAGGUUUGAGAUCGCUGUGGGGGCGGCGAAAGGGCUGGAGUAUUUGCAUCACGGCUGUGACCGGCCGGUGAUCCACCGGGAUGUUAAGUCCAGCAACAUUUUGUUGGACGAGUUCUUGAAGCCUAGGAUAGCUGAUUUUGGACUAGCAAAGAUUGUUCAUGCCAAUUCUAGCAAGGAUUCAACCCAUGUCGUUGCAGGAACACACGGAUACAUCGCUCCCGAGUAUGGCUACACUUACAAGGUAGACGAGAAGAGCGAUGUGUAUAGCUUCGGAGUUGUUUUGAUGGAGCUUGUAACGGGGAAGAGGCCGAUUGAGCCGGAGUUUGGAGAGAACAAGGACAUAGUGAAUUGGGUAUGCUGCAAGCUGAAGACCAGAGAGUCUGUGUUAAGCAUGGUGGAUUCAAAUAUCCUAGAAGCUUAUAAAGAAGACGCAAUUAAGGUCCUGAAAAUCGCCAUUCUCUGCACCACAAGGCUUCCACAGCUAAGGCCGAAAAUGAGAAGUGUGGUUCAGAUGCUAGAGGAAGCCGAGCCUUGUAAAUUGCACAACAUCAUAGUUAGUAAAGAUGGUGCUGUCAAGGAAGAGGUAUUGAAGGGUGGUGACAAGGUUUAAUCCAUGCCCUAGAUGUUCAAAAAUGGUCAAUUGGAGAUGUUUUGUAAUAUAUAUACAUAUAUAUAUAUAUAAUAUGAUAUAGCCUUAUAUAUCUCUGUAACAAAUUGAGUAGAGGGCCUAGUAAUGCUUGUCAUUAGUGUACAAUAAGUUGUGACAUUCUCGCUCUUGUUUUUGUAUAAUCACUAAAAGUAGUAGGAAAAAAAAAUUCCAACCUUGAAUGAAAUGUUGGAUGUUUGUUCCCUUUGAUAAAAUGGUUUGGUUUGAGUUGGUU